UUCCAGCUAGACCAGCCCCACCCCUAUUUUGGAAAGGGGGAAUCCCCGUAUAGGUGAUGUCUUAUUAUAAGUGUGCAUUAUUUAGACUCUCUUUUCUCUCCACAUGCUCCACGUGUUAGAGGUGAUCCAAGAUGUCGACAGCAGAACAAGCUGCUGUUCUAAAGAAAAAGAGGACUUUUCGCAAGUUCACAUUUCGUGGCGUUGACCUUGACCAGCUCUUGGAUAUGACAUACGAGCAACUUAUGGGAUUGGUUCAUGCCCGAGCACGAAGAAGGUUCUCAAGAGGUCUUAAACGCAAGCCUCUGGCUCUGAUCAAGCGUCUACGUAAGGCCAAGAAAGAGGCUCCUGCCAUGGAGAAACCAGCCGUCGUGAAGACACACCUCAGAAACAUGAUAGUGGUGCCUGAGAUGAUUGGGUCAGUGGUUGGCAUUCACAAUGGGAAGACAUUCAACCAGGUUGAGAUUAAGCCUGAGAUGAUGGGACACUAUCUGGGGGAGUUUGCCAUCACCUAUAAACCAGUCAAACAUGGCCGCCCUGGAAUCGGAGCCACGCACUCUUCGAGAUUUAUUCCUCUCAAGUAGAAACUGAUUCAAGAAUACUAACUUGAUUGUGUGCUUAUAACACUAUUGACCUCCUUUGCAAUUAGUGUUUAUUGAUGUGAUGAUAUGAACCUGCAAUAUUGUGCUUUACCUA